AUGGGGCUGAGGCACAAGAAUGUGGACGAGAUUGAAUCUGGUCGAGGCAUAUGCAAGGGUCAUUACCAAGGCCUUUCCACGCUACGUGCUGAGGUGGAGGCCACAGUGACCAGGGCCGCCCACGCCGCUCGUCAGGUCUCUGACCUUGAGGCCCGUGUGGACGACACUGAAAACCGAUCCCGACGAAAGAAUCUAAUAUUUUAUGGUGUGCCCGAUCCCUCACCUACAGAGACUUUUGCCCAGUCCAAACAAAGAAUCAUCCGCCUUUCCUCUGAACGUUUUGAUGUAACAUUAGACUCGAAAGAAAUAGAACGUGCCCACCGCCUCGGGCGUCUUUCGGUCGAGCGUCCACGACCAAUAAUAAUGAACUUCUCCUUUUUCAAAACUAAAGAAACCAUCCUUUCGAAUGGCCGUAAACUAAAAGGUACUAACUUCGGCAUGGGCGAAGAUUUUUCCCGCUCAGUUCGCAACGCACGGAAGCACCUCCUUGCCUUUGCUAGAAGCAAAUCUGCUCCCUUUUCUUUGCGCUACAAAACACUGCUCAUCGGCUCAAAACGUUACGUUUUCGAUGAAUCAUGCCAGUCAGUCAAAGAAAUCUCAUAG